AUGCCAUCCUUCUUAAAAAUAAAAGCUUCCAUCAAGCGCAAAUGGAAAGGGGAUAGCGAGGCUUCUUCUGCUCCAGCGCCCACGGUCGAAAACCAAGAUUCAGCUUUGCCUCAUGCCACGACUCCAAGUUCUGUUAUUGCCGAAAUCCCACCUGCCACGCUGAUAGCUGCCCAAUUGAUCGUCCCAGUCAUCCCAUCCGUUCCACAGCCCCCCAAUGAUGAAAUUCAGUCUCCUCGUCCCUCAGCAGCAACCAACUCAGCCGAUUCUUUAUCUGAUGACAACAAUGACCUCUGGGCUCGGGCCUAUGUGCUCGCCAAGAAGCGCGAAGAGGAUCUUAUGGGGGAUUAUGAGAAGCACAUAGCUUCAUUGGAAGGUGUUCCCGUCGCCACCAAGAGCUUUUCGGAUCCACACGACGUCGGAGUUUAUGUGAAACAACUACUAGAAAUGCGGCAGAAGAAACAAAUACAGGUUUCGAUCUUGGGGCGCGAUGUUGCGAUGCGAGAACAGAUUGAGAAGCUGGCAAAGUUUCUGAUCUGGUCCGAUUCAAUCGUCAAAUCGGCAGUAAGCGCACAGCCUUAUGCUGCCUUAGCCUGGUCUGGCGUUUCACUGUUUCUUCCGCUUCUUAUAAGUGGCACGAAAUACAAUGAUAGCAUGUUAAAAGGCUUCAGCUCAAUAAGUGACAUGCAAAUUUUUUGGAAGUUUUGCGAGGAGACCUACUUCAGGCCGUCAGAUCAGAAUUUUUAUCGGAACCUCAAGGAUCUCCUGGUCGAACUAUACUCCUUCAUCAUCGAGUACCAAGCUCGAGUGAUAUGCCACCUGUCAAAAGCUCAGCAUUCACGUGCCUGGCAGAGCAUGACGGGGUCAGAUGAUUGGGAUGAAGCAAUAAAAUCAAUCGAGAAGCGUCAUGAUAAGUGCCUCUCCCUGGUUGACAAGGUACACAAAGAAAUUAUCCAAGAUAAAAUGGAUGACCAGCUGCAAGAAAUCCAGAGAUUACGAAUUGAGAUUCUCCAGGAGAUGAAGAAAGAUAGAGAAGACCAGAAAGAACGGGAGCUACUGGGUGAUCUUGCGAGUAUGUCAGGAGACUACGAGAGAUACAAAAACAUAAAUCCAGAGAGGGUACCACGAACAUGCAUGUGGUUCUUAACAGAUGAACGGUUUCACAAUUGGCGGGAGAGCAAGUCUGGAGACCUUCUUUGGGUUUCUGCAGGACCUGGAUGCGGGAAAUCAGUCUUAUCAAAGUCCCUAAUUGAUGAGGGCCAUUUAAAUCCAGAGACGACAGUUACAAUUUCAUCCUCAACUAUUACUGUGUCUGAAAGCAUUAUUUGCUAUUUCUUUUUUAAAGAUGGCGGUGAGGGCAAAAUGGAUAACGCUCAUGCUCUCUGUGCAAUACUACAUCAGCUUUUUAUCCAUAUACCUCAGCUCAUGGCAAGGGCUCUGGCAAGUCACAAGACGUACGGUCAAGAUCUAAUGCAGAGAACGGACGAGCUGUGGCGAAUCUUGGUGGAUUGCGCAAAUUUAUCCCCACUCCCAAUUAUCUGUCUACUUGAUGCUCUGGAUGAAUGCAAGGAGAACGAGGGGAUUGGCUUGAUCAACAAGCUCUGGGACUUAUACCGCCACACCAACUCAGCCACUCCCAUGAAGUUAAAGUUCUUCAUCACCAGCCGCCCCUAUGAGACUUUGAAAAUGCAAUUCGAUAGAUUGACUGCAACUUCCGCUUAUUUGCAUUUUGAUGGCGAUGACAAAUCCGGGCAGAUAGCCCAAGAAAUAAAUCUUGUUAUCGACGUCAAGGUACACCAUAUCACAGGGGGUUUUUCAGCCGAAGACCGGAACAAGAUUGCUGAGAAACUUAAGAGUAUGGAAAACAGAACAUAUCUCUGGUUAUACUUGACAAUAGAGAUUAUUGAGAAAAAUAUAGCUACUUAUAGCAGAAGACCGGAUAUGGAAGAGUUCCUGUCUAAGCUCCCGUCUACGGUAUCUGAUGCCUAUGAGAAGAUUCUCUCCAGAAGUCAAGACGGGAGAAAGGUCGAGGCUCUGCUCCAGAUUGUACUGGCUGCCGAGCGCCCUUUAACUCUUAAUGAGGCUAAUUAUGCCCUUACACUUGUAUUAGGGGAUGAGUUUUCGUCGCAUGAAAAGCUACAGGAAAACUUAUGGCCGCAAGACAGAUUUAAGACAACGCCAGGAAACUUAUGCGGCCUCUUUAUCAGCAUUCACGACUCUAAGUUAUCGUUUAUCCAUCAAACGGCUAGAGAAUUUCUACUUCACCCAGAACGAUCAGGAGCGUGGAAGGGGCGACUGAACUUAUCAAGUUCACAUGGAAUCUUAUCUAGAGCCUGCAUGAAUUACUUGCUAAUGGCUGAUGCUUUACCUGAGACGAACGUUGAGAAAGAUUUCGGAAAAAAAUUUCGAGCUGAAUUCGACAAAAAAUAUCCAUUUUUCAUUUACGCCUCUAACAGUUGGCUUUCACACUUUUAUUUGCAAGACGCAGGUUCUACAGAUAGAAAUCGGAAGCUUGCGCGCAGCCUUUGUCGCGUAUCUGCACCACAGACAAGAAAUUGGAUCAAUGGCUCCGGGAAAUUAGGUCCCAAUGGGGACUAUUGGAAUAAAUGGCCAGAUUUUCAGCUUGCAAUUUUUUUUAAUCUGGCUGCCGUUGUAGAAUACAUGAUGGCGCAUGAGCAUCCGAAUGUUAAC